AGACGUUGACGACGAGUGACGUUGAAAUUGAGUCGAGAUGGACGAGCCCGAGUACAAAAACGGCACAACCACCACCACCACCACAGGCAGCCCGAAGCCUAAGCGGACGGCCAGCGGCCAGAUGAAGCGCGUAUCGCGGGCCUGCUACAACUGCCGCCGCCGCAAGUCGAAGUGCGACCUGGACAGCAACGGCCGGCCCGGCCAGCCGCCCUGCAAACGGUGCCACAACGAGAACCUCAAGUGCGAGCUGGGGACGUCGAACCGCGGCGGGAAGCGCAUCAGGAACACCAUCAAGGCCUCAGCGGGCGCAUUGGGGGCUUCGUCUGCGGUGCCGCCGCCCGCGCGGCCGCCCGAGACGUCCAUCAGCCCUCAGAGCACCGAGAACUACAACCAGAGCAGAUACAUUAGCCCCUACAACGAGCACGACCGCUACGGCCCGUCGGAAGGGCACCGAGACACCUCGAUGGACGAUGACGAUGACGAGGACUCGACAGGCGAGAGCGCAAUCGGGUCGGGUGCGUUGCGGAAUCCCUCUGACGCCUGGCAGCGGCUCACCAACGUGGCCAAAAGGGGCACCGAGGCCCCCCGGCCAGAAGGUGGCAGCGGUGGGAGGGCGAACACCAACGGAGCUGGCGCGAGAAAGGGGAUAUUCGCCUACCGCCUGGUCGAGAACGAGGUGUUGACCCAUAGCCUGGUCAUGCAGCUCAUCACCCGCUAUGCAGACAACUACCACUGCUAUUUCCCCCUGGUGCCGCGCAAGUACUUCAACUCGGCCUGCCUCGACCAGUUUGCAGAGGAGAAGCACCUUCUUACCGCCGUGCUCACUGUGGCUUCCAAGGAUCUCACCAGCAUGCCCCAUGUACACCAGGGCUGUUCAAAGUACAUGCUCGAGCUAAUAUCAGGCAUCGCUGCCGGCGCUGACUGCGACGUGGAGGCCGUCGAGGCCCUCCUGAUACUGGCUGAGUGGGAGCCGCAGGGUCUCCGUCCUUCCAUCGAGCCCGUCGGACGUGGAGAGGAGGAUCGUGCGGCUUGGAUGCAUGUCGGAAUUGCUCUGAGAUCGGGCUACUUCCUGGGCUUGGACAAGACCUCCUUCCGCAACGACGCUGCCACGGGAGACACUCAGGCCGACAACCGCAAACGACUGGCCUGGGCGAGCUGUUAUGUAUCUGACAGGCUGAUAUCGGUACGUAUCGGACGGGCAUUCUGGUCUCGAGGCCCUGGGCCAAUGACUGGUCUGGUCAGCCAUGAUUUCCCGUCUCUGCAGCCUCAAUCGCCCCAUGACGAGGACUAUUCAAAAAUAUUCCAAGCCAUUCUCGACCUCACGCAGUUGUACGGAAACGUCCACGAUGUCCUGUACUCAGGCAUGCGGACAAGCAGGAACAUGAUGCUCAUGGGAGACUACGUAAAGUACAUUGAUGAUUUCCGAGUCGCUGUAUCAAGAUGGUACCGUCUAUGGGGGAAGAUGCCAUGUGCGUCGAAUCUCAAUGUGAUGCUCCAGAUGUCAUAUGAGUACCUGAAACUCUACAUCAACGCCUUUGCUUUCCAGGCUGCGAUCUCUCAGGCUCUGCACAAACCAAAGGGCGACGACUCCGUCAGCCAACGUGACCAUUUACGGGCUGCGUUCAGUAACGUUGCGUCUAUGCAGGAUUCACGGUUUAUAUAUGAAUCGGUGGAGGCAGCCAAAUCCUAUUUGACCAUAUUAACCAAUUACGUUGAUCCAGAGAGGCAUCUACAUUUCAUGCCCCUGAGAUUCUAUCUGUACGGCAUUUACGCUGCCGUCUUUUUAUACAAGGCACGCUCAUUCGGUGUCCUCAACCAGACAGAAGAGGCAACCGUCCAGAAGAUGAUUGACGAGACAAUAGAUCGGCUACGCAGAGCCAGUGCCAGUAACGAUGACGUUGGCUACCGCUAUGCUCGUCUCCUGGAGCUGCUCUGGAAAUCAAAGAACUCGGUCUCCAACCCUUCCAUUUCUGCGAUCACUAACGGCGUUAGCAGCAGUAACAAAACCUGCGGCAGUGCGAGCAACAACCACAGCAGCAACAACAACAAUAACAACAGCAGCAGCAAUAAUAAUAAUAAUAAUAAUAACAGCAGUUCCAUCUUCGCCAACACCAACACCGCCGCCAGCCCGAACGCCGUAAACAGCAAUAGCAGCAGCAACAACAACAACAGCAACAACAACAAUAGCACUGGCAUGAAUGUCAUGCAUGAAUCCCAGCCGUCCAACAGAAUACAACAUGAAGUCCCGGUGACCUGUCUCCCGGAACCGACUUACAUGCAGUUUAGCCCAGCGAAUGACUUUUCCUGGCUUGAUCUGGGAGCUGUUGGCGAUUUUGUAUCGGGCGAUUUGGUGCCAGCUGCUCCGCUACUGGGGUUAGACUCCUUUCAUACCCUAGACACGGGGUAUCAAGCUGAGAAUCAUGAUCAUGGACAGCAGGCUUGGCCACCUGGUGGUUCAGAAAUGAGUGAUGUGCUCCUGUUCUAG